GAAUCGGUCGGCCUGUACGGAAUCUAUCUUAAUGCGGUGCGGAUAACUUUUUGGAUUUUAGCUUGUAUUCGUUUUGUGUGUGAAGUGUAUCUUGUGGUUAAAGUCUUAGAAAGGUGAUUUUUCUUCAAUCUAGAAAAAAGCAAAAGAGAAGAAGAAAAGGAGAAAAAAAGUGUUGGAUUAACCGUUAUUCAGUGAAAUUCUUCAUAUUCUAUUCUAUAUGAUUUUCAUUAAGUGAAUAAAAAAAUUAAAUGAAUAUGUAAAGUUUUUGGUGGAAUUUAAUAAAAAAAAAAAACAACAACAACAAUCUUUGGAUAUUUUUACAAAUUUAUAUCAACUUUAAAGACAAUCGAAGGACGUCCAGUGAAUUCAUUCAAUGAAUUUACAAGAGAUACACGGAUACAUAAUGGCUCGAAUACGACACCAGAGCAUCUUUUUGCUACUACUGCUGUACUUAUCACAGAUCAAGGCCUGGCGGCCCUGUCCAGAGCUAAGUCCAUCCUUACGACUUCCCUGCCGAUGCAAUGUGGUGCCAUUUGGACCGAACGGACAACUUGGAGCUGUUGCAAUGGACUGUGAUCGAGUCGUGUUCCAUGGAGAAGCACCACAGUUACCGUAUGGUGCGCCAAUCGUUUCAUACAAACAACGUUUUAGUGGACAACAAGUUUUACCGGCUUUGGCAUUUGGAACUCUGAAACUACCAAUUGAAAAACUUGACAUGUCCAACAAUUUGGUUCGUCGAAUAGCAGAAAAAUCAUUUUUCGGCUUACAAGACACUCUAGUUGAAUUACGUUUGGCGAAUAACUUGCUCGGUGACAGCUUGAAUCCAAUAUUCUCUUCUGCGGAAUUUCAUCCAUUAAUCAAUUUGAAAAUUCUUGAUUUAUCUGGCAAUAAAAUCAAGUCCAUCGAAGAGGGACUGUUGAAAGGUUGCAGCAAUCUAGAGGAAUUAUAUUUGGAUCGAAAUAGCUUAGCAGAUAUUCCCUCAAAUUCUCUCAACGGACCAAAAGAAUUAAAAAUCUUAUCUCUCCGACAUAAUUAUAUAACUGCCAUCCACUAUGAGUCUUUUAUUUCUCAACCAAAUUUAGAAAUCAUCGAUUUACGAUAUAAUUCAAUAAAAUCCAUAGAAGGUCUAACAUUUCAAGGCUUAAGAAAAGUUCAAGAAAUACGUUUGGGUGGCAAUCGAAUAACUAACUUAAAUAGUGAUGUUUUUGAAGCUAUACCAACAUUACAGAAAUUAGAUUUGUCUGAGAAUUUCAUUUCUCAAUUUCCAUCAAUAGCUUUGGAUAGUGUUGGUGAUUUGAAGUCUUUAAAUUUGUCUUCGAAUAUGCUGCAGAGAUUGGAUUUCACUCAUCUACAAGUUGUUAAAGGUCUUGAAACUUUGGACUUAAGUCGAAAUGGUAUAGCAACUAUUCCACCAGGAACUUUUAGAGAACUUUCAGCCCUAAAAUAUCUAGAUCUAAGCUUGAAUUCACUACGAACGAUCGAAGACGAUGCCUUAGAAGGCCUUGAUAGCCUCCAAACACUUGUCAUCAAGGACAACAACAUACUUCUAAUACCUGGAAGUGCCUUAGGAAGACUCCCUAAGCUUUCCUCACUUCAUUUAGACUUUAACCGAGUUGCAGCUUUAUCAUCGGAAAUUCUCGGUUCAAUUCAACCUGAAGCCAUAACUUCAAUGACACUUUCAAGAAACGUCAUUCGAGAACUUCCACCUGGAAGUUUCCAAAUGUUUGCUAAUCUUCGUUUGUUGGAUUUAUCAGGAAAUUCUUUAGCAGUCGUUGGAGCUGAUAUUUUCAUGGGUCUGGAAACUUCACUUCAUGAACUACGUCUUUCUCAAAAUAGGAUCACAGGCUUGGGAAAUAUCCCCCUGGCACUUACAGAACUUCGAAUUCUCGACUUGAGUGGAAACAAUUUAGCUGACAUUCCACGAAAUGCUUUACAAGGGUUAGAGAACUUGCAGGUUUUGAACAUGAGUGGCAACCCUCAUUUAUCACCAGUCCCUCCAAAUCUUAUAAAACCUUUAAGCAAGUUGCAAGUUGUAGAUCUAAGUCGAUGUUCAGUGAAACAGCUCUCCGGAGAUCUAUUUGCUACCCUUCAAGACCUUAAACAGAUUCAUUUGCAAGAUAACGGUAUUCAGGAGAUUAACGAUGGAACUUUUGUAGACCUUUGGAAUAUUACAUCGAUAGACCUUUCGAAUAAUCACAUUUCAUCAAUUAGACCUGGAGCUUUUGUCAAUGUUAUGAAUAUUAAACAUUUGAGUCUGAAAGGCAACCAAUUGAGUGCAUUCAAGGGUGAAUUCUUCAAUACCGGUACCGGAAUGGAAGAACUUGAUAUAUCAGACAAUCAUCUUAGCUAUCUUUUCCCAUCAUCUUUCCGAAUUCAUCCACGACUUAAGAAGAUCAUAGCUUCGAAUAACAAAUUCAGCUUCUUCCCCGCAGAGCUUAUAUCGACUUUGCAAUAUCUAGAGUACAUUGAUCUUUCCAUGAAUCAGCUGAAAAGUAUUGAAGAACUUGAUUUUGCCCGUUUACCAAGAUUACGAUCCCUCCUGGUUGCUGAUAAUAAUUUAGAUUCCCUGAGUGAAAUGGCCUUCCAUAAUUCAACUCAGCUUCAAGUUUUGAACUUGGCCAACAAUAAGCUUGAUAGAAUUGGUGAACGAACUUUUGAAGGCUUAGUCCGUUUGGAAUUGCUGAAUUUACAAGGAAAUCAACUUGUUGAACUUCCCGACACAAUUUUCGAAAGAAAUAAGCUACAAAUGUUGGAAAACAUAAACCUGGCUUAUAAUAAGUUUGACUAUGCCCCCUUAAAUGCCCUGCAGAGGCAGUAUUUCUUUGUCAGCUCUGUAGACUUGAGUCAUAAUAAAAUCAGAGCUAUCCCUGCCGAUGAUAGUAUCAUGGUGAAUAUUAAAAUGUUGGAUCUUUCUUACAAUCCUUUGUCAGAAGGUGCAGUGAAAAAUAUACUCAAUGAGCCCAAGACCGUUCGAGAGCUUAAUCUUGCUGCUACAGGAAUUCAGCACAUUGAUGCUUUGGAAACUCCAUUCCUUCAAUAUUUGAACCUUUCCCAUAACAAUCUUAGGGAUAUAAGUGAAGACGCUUUCGAGAGAACUACACUUCUUGAAACCCUCGAUUUAUCCGGUAAUCAACUUGAAGACCUAAGUAAACUCUCCAAGGCUUGGCCGAAAAUUUCAAUGCUUCAAAACCUGGUCUUAUCUAAUAACACUUUUGAAGUGAUUUCCCAAGGAGAUUUCGAACACCUUGAGAUGCUGAAGUCUUUAGCGAUAUCAGAUUUGGAGAAAUGUACAAAGAUUGAAAAGAAUGCUUUUAAGGAUAUCCCCAACUUGGCUCAGUUAGAGGCAUAUAAUCUUCCACUCUUAGGCUAUUUGGAUAUGCAAGGAAUUCUAGAAGUCUUACCAGGUUUGGAGAAAAUUGAACUUGAAGUAAAAGAUCCAACAAUUGGUAUCGAUCAAAUUCAACCGGCAAAGCAUCCAAGAUUGAAAUGCAUAGGUUUGAGAGGAGAACGAUUAAAAACUAUUUCUUCGGGCAGUCUUGCUGGUUUGAAGAGCAGUGAUCUUACAAUAAAGCUUCAAAAUACAUCGUUAUCGGCUCUUCCACCAGCUCUUCUCUUCCCGGUACCGCGGUCUUCACAUUUGACACUUGACAUUGAGGGUUCUAUGGUGACGGUCUUGUCCCCACAGUUUCUCAACGCUCUUGAAGACCGUCGAUCGAGUCUCGAACUCAAGGGUCUCAAUUCCAACCCUAUUCAUUGUGAUUGUAAUGCUAGGGCCUUGCGAAGAUGGCUUCCAAGCUCCCAUAUGUCGGAUGUCGAAUGUGCCUCUCCAGAAUACCUCAAGGGUAAAAAGCUUAUUGAAGUUGGAGAUGACGAGCUUACUUGUGACCCCCGACGAAUGACAACAACAACUCAGAGAGCCACAAGUACAUCAAAGUCUUCCUCUAAGUUUUACACUCGCUCAACAACUCAAGAGCCCAUGAUUAUCUGGUCACUGGAACCUACUCAACCCCCAAUGAAAAUUAAGACCAAAAUGCCAAAUAUGAAGCAACCCAUAAUGAAUAACGAUGACACUUUAAUAAUUGGAAUCGUUGGUGGAGUGGUCGCCUUCAUAGCCAUUCUGAUCAUUAUAAUUUGCAUAGUUCGAUUGAGAAUGACAAGUGCGGAAUAUCAUAACGGCCCAGUAAUGGGAAUGCCUCCAAUGCAAAUGGGACCGGGAAGUGUUCAGGUCAGUUAUAAAGGUGCUCCAGCUACAGCUCUUUAUGCUGUGCCACCAUAUGCAGCCCAAAACUAUGCUACUUUACCACACAAGGCAAUGCAUCAUUCACAGCAAAAUCUAACUCAAAGACAGCCAACUUAUUCGACAAUGGGUCGAAUGACAUAUUUUGGCAAUGGCCAACAACAACAGCAACAACAACAACAACAACAGCAGCAACAACAAAAUGGCCAUGCGGCCAAUCAUCAUCAACCUUAUAUAAUUUAUCCGGAUGAGAAGGCUUAUAGGUAGUGGAGUGGAAGAUAUAUAUAUAUUUUGUAUGUGUGUCUUGCUUUAAGUCAGUUGCGUAACAUUUACGUGACGUUUAUUUAUAAAAAAAAAAUUAAACAAAAUACAUCUGAAUUAUGUAGGGAAUCAUUUUAAUUUUUGUC